UUGUGAUUGGUCGGCACUGUUCGCUCUCGUCCAAUAGACACACAGAUUGUUGGACUGUCGGACAUUUGCUUUCUCCGGAACGUGUGCGGAUUCCGAGCUUCAAGAUGGGCGUCUUGUCCACCCUGCUCAGGGGUUUUAUCCGAGGAGCGGACAGGAUGUCGGAGUUCACCAGCAAGCGAGGGUCCAGGACUCACAACAAAGGCCGAGGGUCGAGACCGUCUGGAGUGAAUCUUCCCAGCAGGAAGUUUGUGUCCAUCAGAGCCAUGAUUCCAGACCUGGUGGUUCCUCAGCUGGAGGGCUUCCCGCUCAAAGCCUACGUCUCGUAUCGCUGCCCCCCAGGAAGCGAGUCUGCGCUGACCCCGCAAAGUCUUUUUGAGGCCGUGGCGGCUCCUCAGAUCCAGCAGGACUGGAAUGAAGGAACUUUUGACAAAGAGAAGCUGGACAAAUACGGAUAUGAAGCCACGCAAGAAGGGAAGCUGUUCAAACUGUACCCCAAGAACUAUGUGCGUUAAAUCAACUGUACACCAAGAACUAUGUGUGUUAAAUAAACUGUACCCCAAUAAAUGUGUUAAAUCAACUGUACCCCAAUAAAUACAUGUGUUAAAUCAA